AGUCAUAGCUGGAUUUGUGUCGGCUGCUUCACGUUAGGGCGAAUGACAGAUUAUUAUGAACGCUGUUAUUUUUCUCCUGUGCGUGUCGUCAAAGAUAAAUAUUUGUAAAGAAAAUAUGACAUUUUUCACUUUUCUUAGCUCAAGUCUUCUGUUAGGUUUAUAUUUGCUCUGAUUGAAUUGCUCAAUAAUUUUAAGAGCUAUGUUAGACAGUUGACAUUGCCCUGUUACAUAUCGUACAGCGGAUCAGCCUGAAAUCAACAUACGAUAGAUCUGCAUUUUAAAUACGUCACCAAUAUUAGCAUCUGAAUUGCCAUGUGUGCAUAUUUUGGAGUUUAAUUAUCAUCAUCGUGAUCUUCUCUAUGAUGCCCGUAAACAGCUGUCAAACCUGUAAACCUGGACUGAUCUGCUGAAAUGAGAGGGUAACGUUAACUAAAUAGGGGAGCACUGAUUUAGCAGUCGUCUGAGAUGGGUGAGUAUGAGGAGAGUUUGUAUGGGCUCGGGGGGGAGACUUUUCCCCCCGAUUUUUUCCCCCCUCCACCACCUCGUCCAGUCGCUCGGGAGCGAAUCCACAUCCAGAAGAGCAGCGUCUGCUCCAGGGCUUACUUCGUGGUGGUGAUGGCCUUUUUCCACAUCUAUAUCAUAAAUAUCAUAGCUUUGCUGCUGUACGUGCACUACAACACCGGUUCUGGAGAGCAGGAUAUACCCCUUGAGAAGAGCACGAGUAUCCCCAGACCCACAGCUGCUGAAUACCAAAGCCCAUCACCUAACCUAAAUCCUGAGCACUCCUUUUAUCUGCCUCGUCUUGAAGGCAUUCGGGUUGGACACGUGCAGAGAGUUUCUCUUGUUCCUGACCGGACCCAUAACCUGCGAACCCUCAGCUUGAAGCCCUUGCUGUUUGAGAUCCCAGGUUUCCUAAGUGUGGAGGAAAGCAGUGUGGUGAUGCAGUUGGCCCAGCUGAAAGGUCUGACCCACAGCGCUCUCCUCACAGCUCCUGAUGCUCAAGAGGAACAACUCACCCAGGAUGAGCUUUUCAGUCUGCUCGACCUUAACCAGGAUGGUCUUCUGCAGAUGGAGGAGAUUUUGAGUCUCUCUCACUCCACCGAUGGAUCUUGGCUGAGCUCCUACAACUUACGGAAAAUCCACACCGGGCUUGAGACCAGCCCUUCUGGAGUUUUGUCCCUGCAGGAGUUUAAGCGUGUCAGCGGUGGAGUGCUCCAAUACGGCAGGCCCGGCCAAGCAUCGGACGGUCACACCAAAGUCAGGCAGAAAAGCACCAAUACGCAGCUUUACCUCGGAGAGGGCACGCACCACCUGCUGAAGAACAUUAGAAACCGGGUGACCCGUUUAACGCGACUGCCGUCCUCGCUGGUUGAUCUCAGCGAGCCAAUGGAAGUGGUCCGUUAUGAGCAAGGCGGGUUCAGCAAUGCCCAUCAUGACAGCAGUCCCAGCAACCCAAACAGCAGCUGUGCUCAUACACAUCUGGCAGCAAACAACUCAGCCUCCAACCAGGUUGCAUGCAGGUAUUUGACAGUCUUGCUGUUUCUCAAUUCUGUGAAUGGAGGUGGAGAGACCAGCUUCCCCGUGGCUGACAACAGGACGUAUGAAGAGGAGGUCUCUCAGCAGUACUGUGAUAAAGGCAAUCUGAAGGUCAAACCAGUGGCUGGCACCGCUCUGCUAUGGUACAACCACCUCUCAGAUGGCAAUGGUUGGGUUGGUGAGCUGGAUGAAUUCUCCCUGCACGGGGACUGUUUGGUCACUCAGGGCUUCAAAUGGACAGGAAGUGUGUGGGUGAACAUCGACCCUGAUCAGCGACGUCAAGAGCGAUACCAGCGGCUGAUCUCAUGGCAUCCAGAUGGGGAAGUCAAAAGGGCAGAGCAUGGUGACCUUCACCAAGAUCUCUAAACCAGACUUCGAAAUCAGAUUGUGAUUUCUUUGGCCAACAUUUGCAAGUGUCUUCCACAAGAUGGCGCUACAGCAGUCCUAAUGGAACUCAGAAGAUAUGUAAACAUGUAGCCAAAAUAACCUUGCCAAUAAUAAUGUAAUAGCUACAGUUAGUUGUAAUGCCUCAAAUGAUAACACUAAUGGUCAAAGUACAUACAACUCUAAAGGAAAAUACUAAAACUGCAAAUUGCUUGCUUGUCUUAAGACUUUGCAAUAUAUUCAUGCAAUUAGGCCUAUUACAUUUCAGCUGCCUGUUAUUAUAUUAAGUACAUGGCUUUGAAUAUCUUAAUGUGGAACUAAAAUGAGCCUCAUUAAUAGUAGUUUACAUUUAUUCAUGUGCAUUUUAUAUAAUCUUAGGUUCUCAACUUUUUUACUCAAGGGCCUCCUAUUGCCCAGAACAAUAUUUAAAGGUAUAUAUCAAUAUCAGUGCUUGACGUGAUUAGACAGAUGUAUAUUCAUUGCAAAAAUUACCAAACAAUAAGAAACAUCUUGAUGUUUUAACUUAUUGUAAUGCUUUUUUGCCUUAUUUUAAAUAAUUUAAGUCAUCUUGGAAAUUUGUUGAGGCCCCCCAGUGGGCCCCCGGAUCCCUGGUUGAGAAACACUGAACUAAAGUAGCUUACGGGUGGGCAGUUUUAUGACAUUUUAUAAAAUAAAUUUAUCAUAAAUUCUGUGUAACUAAAUCUCUGGAAAAUAAGGUGACUAACAAACA